GUCACGCCCCCUUCGGCUUUCCUAGCUCUCGUCAUGCAGUCUUCUGUGAUUGCAGAGAGAGAGUACGACGAGUUAGCACGGAUCAUAGAGUCCAGAUCGUUCAGACGGGAUUCCUUGCAGCUGGCUACCGCACGAUUCCCUCAGAUCCCAGAAGAAUCGCUUCUCAGCAUAUACUCCCAGCUCGUGCGGCUACACACAAAACGCACUUACUGGCAGCACAACAAACUCAAGACGAAGCUGGAAUACUAUCAGAGUUACCUAGUGGCUAGAGAAACUGGCACUGGAACUGGUGAUCUUUUGCUCCAGUUAGCUGAAAAGGUCUGUCUCUCCCCGGCCCUGUAUGGCAGAAUAAUCCUAGAGCAGUAUGCAGAGAGUAUAGCAGCUGCCACUCCACCUGCUACUGUCACUGCUUCCAAUGCCUGUGGCACCCCCACCCCCUCUGCUACCACUUCAACACCACCGACUACCAAUGCUACCACUUCAACACCACCGACUACCAAUGCUACCACUUCUACACCACCGACUACCAAUGCUACCACUUCUACACCACUGACUACCAAUACUACCACUUCUACACUACUGACUUUUACCAAAUCUACUGCCGCCUUAGCCACACCCACCAAAGUUGUGACCACGCCCACUACAGUAUCGGUGUCUACUCUAGUCAACCAGUGGAUGAAAAACCCCCUCUCCAUUCCUGACACAACCCUGCAGCUCCACAUCAAAACCUGCAUCUUUAAGGACACACACUAUGGACCUUUGGCAGACAAUAUCAAGAGAUCUGUUGGCUAUGAAUACGAGUUCUUGCUCCGGGAGAAAGUUCAGGAGCUGGCAGUACCGUUCCUAGGUGGGCCUGUUUUGCUCUAAUCACACUCUCCCUUCUCCUUUCCCAAUUCAGCUGCCUUCCUCUACCCCCAAGCCUCCUAUGUGUAAAAAUUAGCAGCAGAACCCUUUUCUCCUCUCCUCCAUCAAUUUUACUACCCUCCCCUCCCUGGGCCAGAUGAAGAAGGUCUGAGAGCCAGAGGCUACGACAAGACACCGGAUAUCAAGCUAGAGGUGCCCAUAGCUGUCGAUGGACACAUUGUCAACUGGAUCGAGAGCAAAGCUUCAUUCGGCGACCGUACAUGUCACGAACAAUACAUGGAGGACCAAUUCUGGUCCUACCAAAACAGGUUUGGGUCUGGACUGGUCAUCUACUGGUUUGGGUACGUGUCUGAGCUGAACUCGUUCCAGGACCAGGGUAUUCUACUGACGGAGCGGUUCCCAGACCCCCAGCAGAUCACGAAACUUGCACUCCGCCCUCUCAUCAGCACACCAUGAAUCACUCCAUAAGAGUCUCAGUCUCAGUGACUUUUACAAAACCAAGAUUACUGCACAUUAUAAGAUUACUGCACAUGGAGCCCUCAAACAAGUAU